AUGGACAAACCACUGAACUCUAAACAUGUCGAGAAUACCGAUGUGGAAGAAGCUGGCGCGGAAAUUCACAUUACCAAAUCCAAGGUCAAUGUGAGUGGAACCGUUCAGCUCACUGCAGGCACUAUUGUGUAUAUCCCGACUCCCACGAACGACCCUCGAGGUUUGCCUUCCGCAUCAAUGGGUAUUGGCAACUUGAUUGGAAUGCCAAUAGCCAUAGCAGUUGGCCGCCGCAUUGUUCUACUCGGUGCCACGGCUGUCAUGGUUAUUGGUGCUAUAUUGUGCGCCUUCGCAACGAAUUUUGAUUGGCAUCUAGGGGCGCGUAUGCUCAUUGGCUUCGCUGCAGGUCAGAGUGAAGCUCUUGUUCCCAUGAUUACCCAGGAAAUCUUCUUCCUUCACGAGAGAGGCACAUUCCUCAUGCUCCAGCAGACCAUUCAGACAGUCGCGACUGCGAUAUUCGUUCUGUUCGCCAGUCCUAUCGCAGAAGCUAUCACACCGCAGUGGUGGUAUGGUCUUGGCGCCUGUCUGGCUGGAAUUUCCCUGCUCAUGGCAUUUGUUUUUGUUCCCGAGACAAAAUACCACCGCCCAAAGUCUUCAUACCAAGAGACGUCCACCGAAGGCUCGGAAAAACAAUUGGGUGAAAAAACUAUCUCCAAAGACACAUACAGAGUUGUUACAGAGAGACCUGCUCUUGACUUCAUUACCUACGAGGCUCGCACUUGGCGUUCUGAUCUCCGGCUCUGGAUUGGCUCGCCUGAGUGGCGCAAGGCGAUGGAAACAUUCAUACAAUCUUUUCAACUUCUUCUGUUCCCCAACGUCCUUUGGGCUAUGGCUUUGAAUGGGCUCACACUGGGUGUCAACAUUGCCAUUGGCACUACCUACGGAACUAUUUUCACGACAUUGUACAAUUGGCCGCAGACCGCAAGCUACGUGAAUUGUGGCCAAAUCGUCACUUCUCUUCUAGCCCUGCCAGUCUUUGGCUACGGCUCAGACAUGCUCAUCGCCUGGUUCGCUGGAAGGCGAAACGGGAUUCAUGAGCCAGAGAUUCGCUUACUGCCACUCAUAUUCCCCAUUCUUGUCGGUACAUUUACCGCCGUACUGUACGGAUAUGGUGCUACCUAUCCUGCGUCUUACCACUGGUUUCUCUAUGUCUGGGCUGUUGCUGCUUACUACUUCACUUUCAUUGGCGCGAACAUUGUUGCCAUCACAUAUUUACUGGAUAGCUAUCCCCAGCGAGCUAGCUCGUUGUUGAUCAUUAUUUGUGCGUUUCGUGGUAUCAUAUCGUUCGGUGUUAGCUACGGCAUUAGCCCAUUCAUCGACCGAAAUGGGUAUGAUGGAGCCUUCAGUACUUUUGGGGGUCUGACUGCUGCGCUCGGGCUACUUGGAAUUCCUGUGUUUAUCUGGGGCAAGAAGAUUCGUGAGUUAACCGGGGGAUACGCGGUUGACAAAGAGUAA